AUUGAAGCACUUCAAAAUUUGACAGUCAUCACUUCAGCUUUGCUACUUGUUCUAUUUCCUCAGGGAUACGUAUCCUCAGGUCUUGUGGGACUCUCUCUCUCUUACGCACUAUCCUUGACGUCAUCACAUAUAUUUUGGACUCGAAUGUAUUGCAACUUAUUAAACUAUCUUAUCUCUGUUGAAAGAAUCAAGCAAUUCGUUCACCUACCGUCAGAGCCUCCUGCUAUUGUGAAGGACCACCAACCUCCAUCUUCAUGGCCUUCCAAAGGCAGGAUUGACCUUCAAGCCUUAGAAAUUAGAUACCGUCCGAAUGCUCCAUUAGUGCUUAAGGGUAUCACUUGCACGUUUAGAGAAGGGAGUAGAGUGGGAGUUGUAGGAAGAACUGGAAGUGGAAAGAGUACACUCAUAAGUGCUUUGUUUCGCUUAGUUGAGCCAGCAAGCGGUGACAUUCUCAUAGAUGGGAUUAACAUAUGCUCAAUGGGGUUGAAGGAUUUGAGAAUGAAACUAAGCAUCAUCCCUCAGGAACCAACUCUUUUCAAGGGCAGCAUCAGAACCAACUUGGACCCUUUAGGCCUGUAUUCAGAUGAUGAGAUAUGGAAGGCUUUAGAGAAAUGUCAGCUUAAGGAAACUAUCAGCCAUCUUCCAAAUCUCUUAGACUCUCAGGUGAGUGAUGAAGGUGGAAAUUGGAGCUUGGGACAACGGCAACUGUUUUGUCUUGGAAGAGUACUGCUAAAGAGGAACAGAAUUCUUGUUCUGGAUGAAGCCACUGCCUCCAUUGACUCUGCCACAGAUUCAAUUCUACAAAGAAUUAUCAGACAAGAGUUUGAAGCAUGCACAGUUAUUACAGUGGCUCACAGGGUUCCCACUGUUAUAGACAGUGAUAUGGUUAUGGUCCUCUCCUAUGGGAAAAUGGUGGAAUAUGAUGAGCCUUCGAGACUAAUGGAUACCAACUCUUCAUUCUCGAAGCUGGUAGCUGAAUAUUGGGCCAGCUGCAGCAAGAAUUCCUCCUAAAAUCGUUGUUUUGCAGUAAUAUUGAAUAAUAAGUGUUUCAGGAUGCAGGGUCUAGAGAACAAAUAAAUGGAAAUAAAAUUAAGUAAUUUAAAUUUUAGAAGGUUGUGGAAACUUGGUCCUUCCUACACUUUGAGUAUCGGUUUGGAAGGUUGUGGAUGCUUUCAUCGUAUUGCAUGGAGUGAUGUUUAAUUUGUAUCAGCAAAAUAAACUCAGUCAUAUCAGGAAAAUAAAUUCAUGCUGCACUGUAGCAACU